GCCGGCGCACUUAGACGCUUCAUCUCUACGAACCAACCACCCUCUACAGGACGACACAAGGCAGAAUCAACUCUUCUUUCAAAUGGCGAGCCACAGCGGGCAGGACUACGAAUAUUCCCGUCGCUACUUGCGAGGGGACGUUGUAGAUGAGCGCGAUCCCCGCUAUUUUGACAACUAUGGAGAUGUCAACGUUCGGAACCGCGACCUCGUUCCUCGCGCAGACCCUCGCGACAGCAGCCUCUCUGUAGAGGAAGUUCGUCGUGAUUUCCCGCCACCUAGUGGACGAGACUAUGUUCACACUCACGAUGCGCGCCGUGCUCGUUCUGCAGAGCCCGGCUACUACCAGGAGGAUUACGAAUAUCGCCGCACUUAUGGAUCGCGGCUUGACGCCCGGGAGAGUGACCGCCACUCCAGGUAUGCUGGGAGCAGCCAUGGAGGCGAUGAUCGCGACAGAAAGCCCAAGCACACCAAGACCUUGUCGAAGCAAGAGAAGCUCAUUGCUGCUGUUGCCGGCGCUGCCCUCCUCGUGGGCGGAAAGGAACUGUAUGACCGCCAUGAAGCCAAGAAGGAGGGAAAUGGCACUCCAGUGCAGCGCAAUGCACUCUCGUCGGCCGCGCUCGCGGGCUUUGGCGCACUCGCUGCCUAUGGAGGUGCUGAGUUCUACAGCAAGCAGCAAGCAAGGAAGGAUCAAAAGGCAACCUACAUUCUGCAGCGUGGCCGGGACGGCCGCCUUGAUGACUACUACGAGUCAGAUGGUGAGAGCGAUACCAAGGAGAAGAAGGGCCACAAGAACUUCCUUGAGAGUGCAAUUGCCGCUACCGGCCUUGGAGCCGCCGUCAAGUCUCUCACUGGCCUAGGUGACGACAAGCACUCUGACACUCGGAGCCGCGGUGGUAGCCCUAGCUCCCGCAGCGUUCGCUCCCGCUCGAGCUCCAGAAGCGGCAGAGGUGCCAGCAAAGUCCAAAAGGCCGCCAUCGCCUCGCUUCUUGCCGGAGCUACCGAGGCUUUCCGGGUCGCCAAGGAGCCCGGCGGCUGGAGAGGAGAAAAGACCAAAAGAAUUCUCACUGCUGCUGCCGGUGCCGCCACUGUGGAUGCCGCCCACGGCGCGGACCACGGAAAGCUGGGUCUCGCCGAGUCAGUCAUCGGAGGUCUGGUGGGCAACCGCUUGAUCAACGGCUCCAGGAAUGAUAUUGAAGAGGACCGUCGCACUGGCAGAAGCCGCUCCCGAUCCCGUGCACGAUCAAAGGACGGCCAUGGAGGCGUCGGCCUCGCAGCACUUGCAACGGCCGGAUUGGGUGCCCUCGGCGCUAAGAAGGCCUUUGAUCGAUCGCGAUCCCGUGGACGCGACAGGAGCUUUUCCAGAAGCCCUUCGCGAGAUCGGGAUCGUCACCGUAGCCGAAGCCGCAGCGUUGUGGACAAGGCACGAGAUGGUCUUGCCAAGCUAGGCUUCGGCAGUGGUGCUCUCGUCGCUGCCGAUGACCGUCGCCGACGCGAUUAUGAUGACGACUAUGACGACCGGAGCUCACGCCACUCCGGCGGUCGACGAGAUGAUGAUCACGUAUACGAUGAUCCCAGAUACCGCCGCCGUGGAGGCCGUGAAGAGUCCCGUGACCGAGACCGUUCUCGAUCUCGGGACCAGUCGCGCAGGAGAGGUGGUUAUGGAUCCGAGUCCGAUUUGGGAGACUCCUCCGAGGAUGAGAGAAGGGCCAAGAAAAUGAGAGAUCACCGGCGCUACUGAGUGCUUGUUCAUUCCGGAGAAUAAGGAAUGCACCCGAGAGGAUGGAAUCAUGGCCAUUGCGGAGAAUAGGCAUGCUCGAGCACGGCCACAACUCGAUCGAUUGGCGAGAGUAGCCAGUUAUUUCUCGGAAUCAAGGCCGGAUCUGGCGUUUUGCAUGGAUGGCUACA